UAUAUUUUCUGUCCGCAGGAAAGCAGACGACCGAAAGAGGAACUUGCAUCGGGGAGGAAAGUGAGAGAGGAAACUGCAUCGAGGAGGAAAGGGAGAGAGGAACCUGCAUUGGGGAGAAAUAGUUAUCUCGAUCACCGCCCUCUCGAUGGAACCUUCUCCUCUUCCUUCUGCUUCUUCUUCUUCUCUGAAACCGUUCGCGUAUGACACGUGCGGGUACCGAUGUUCCCAGAGUCAGCAGUUGAAGGAGCACAUGCGCACGCACACGGGAGAGAAACCGUACGAGUGCGACAUAUGUGGCUCCGCCUACACCACCUCCAGCGACCUCAAGAAGCACUUUCUCACGCACACGGGCCAGAAACCGCACGCGUGCGACAUAUGUGGCUCCGCCUACGCCACCUCCGGCACCCUCAAGAGGCACUUUCUCACGCACACGGGAGAGAAACCUUACGCGUGCGACGCGUGCGAGUACAGGACGAGCGACCGCGGCACCCUGAAAAAGCACAUGCGAACACACACGGGAGAGAAACCGUACGCGUGCGACGCAUGCGAGUACAGGACGAGCGAGCGCGGCACCCUGAAAAAGCACAUGCGAACGCACACGGGAGAGAAACCGUAUGCGUGCGAUGUAUGUGAGUACAGGUGUUCGCAGCGGGUGAGUCUCCAGAGCCACGCGCGCACGCACACGGGAGAGAAACCGUACGCGUGCGACGCAUGCGAGUAUAGGACGAGCGAGCGCGGCACCCUGAAAAAGCACAUGCGAACGCACACGGGAGAGAAACCGUAUGCGUGCGAUGUAUGUGAGUACAGGAGUUUGCAGCGGGGGAGUCUCCAGACCCACGCGCGCACGCACACGGGAGAGAAACCGUACGCGUGCGACACAUGCGGCUCCGCCUACAACUGCUCCAGCAGCCUCAAGACGCACUUUCUCACGCACACGGGAGAGAAACCUUACGCGUGCGAUGCGUGCGAGUACAGGACGAGCGACCGCGACACCCUGAAAAAGCACAUGCGAACACACACGGAAGAGAAACCGUAUGCGUGCGAUGUAUGUGAGUACAGGUGUUCGCAGCGGGUGAGUCUCCAGACCCACGCGCGCACGCACACGGGAGAGAAACCGUACGCGUGCGACAUAUGCGGUUACACCUGCACCACCUCCAGCGAUCUCAAGAGGCACGCGCGCACGCACACCGGGCAGAAACCGUACACGUGUGACAUCUGCUCUUUCGGGUUCGUAUCCUCGAGCGCGCUCUCGAAACACAAGCGCACGCAGUCGCAUCAAAGAAAAGCCAUGUACAAUCAAUCGUGAGGGAUGUGAUGGACUGGUCUGCGGGUUAAACAGCUAAUUUGUCAGACAUUAAACGUGUGGAUACGGAUGCACUCUCUCCAGUAGACUCGAGAGACGUGCACUCAGGCUUGUAUAAGAGAAGAAAUCCUGAAAGGGGAUGUGCAUGCAAUCAGGGCUGAUGUGACUGACAAUCUACCGAUUAAACAGCUAAUUCGUCAGACAUUAAAGGUGUGGAUAUGGAUGCACUCUCUCCAGUAGACUUCAGUGACGUACAUGCUCAGGCUCAUGCGAGAGAGGAAAUCCCGGAAGCCCCAGAUCUGGAUGUGGGAGGCUGAGUUGGAAGAUGGACUUGUCUUCGAAUAAUCCCUGCACCGGAGGAAUGAGGCGAUUGUUGUUUCGGACACUGGUGUCACGUUUUUUCUGUUUUGACCCACCUACCCGUGCAUUCGUUUUAAAUUGCCUACGUCACGAAUUGUCUUUCGUGUAAAUUUGUAAACAAAAAUGGUUGCAAUUUUUUUACAUGAAAAGGAAGUACUAACGGCACUAAAUGUAUCCUCAAAUUCUUAUCUGAUAGGAUUG